AUGUCUAUUAUUAGAGAACUUCAGUUAUCUCGUCCGACUGUCAGAAGGCGUAUUGAAGUCAUGAGUCAAGACAUCGCAGAUAAACUAAAACAUGAUAUCAUGGAAUGUAAAUACUUUUCUUUACAGUUCGACGAAUUCAUCGAUAUGACAGACACAUUUUUAUAUAAUCGAUAUGACAAACAUAUUUUAUUCGGAUGAAUUUUUGACAAUCAUUCCUCUGAACGGGAAGACCCGUGGGGAAGAUAUAUAUGACGUUUUCUUAAAUUUUGUAAAAAACUAUGAGCUACCAAUAUAUAAAUUAAUGUGUAUUACAACCGAUGGAGCACCAGCAAUGACUGGAAACAAAAACAGUUUUGUGGCAUUGUGUCAAUCUAAUGAAGAAUUCCCUUCAUUUUUUUCAUUCCAUUGCAUUAUACAUCAAUGAGUUUUGUGUUCAAAAGUUUUAA